AAUGCCUCUACCAUCGAAGGAAUACUGCCACUUCACAAACUUUGAACCUCGAUGCGACCAAGGUCAAGUAAUAGUCAUCAAUUCAGCUAGAUACGGUCAGAUGAAAAAGGGAGAAUGCCUUAAGAAUGACCCUAAAGAAAACUGCUUUAUAAACGUCCUUGCCGAAUUAGAUUCAAAGUGUUCUGGUAGAUCAGAGUGUAAAGUUGAAGUUCCUAAUUCACACUUAGCCAAGAAAGUAGGCCGCUGCGGUGAGGGGGAAUAUACUUACCUGGAAGCGGAUUACAAGUGUCGAGAGGCCUUCAUCUUUCCUCCAACUUGCAGUAUAAAGCCUAUUAUUGUUGGAAAGAAACAGGAUGCCUUUUUGAGUAGUUACGUACCAAACUCGUCCGGGACUUGCACGUGGAGAGUCCGCUUAAAAGAGGGACAGACUAUUCAUGUAUAUUUAUGGAAUUUUGAUGUGGCCGAUCCUUAUUCUCAACCCAUUGAUUACUUGCUGAUAAGAGAAAGGGGAAAAACCGAAUCCAUUGUUAAGCAAAAUAGAAGACGGAGUCUAGUUUAUCAAUCAACAUCUCCCACUAUCGAUAUUGAAGUACUUAGUACUAACGUUUAUUUCUUAAUAGAAUAUCAGGCUAGAGGUUGCCCAGAUGUAAGGCCCCCGGCUAACACUUGGGCUGAGCGGCUCGGUGAUACAGUAACGAUUCAUUGUAAUUAUACAAGAGAAUCAUACACCCUUAAUUGUGUUGGGAAACAGUGGAAAGGCAAAUUACGUAACUGUACAGUAGCCUUGACUGCUUCGAAUCUCAUGACCGUCAUCAAGUGGGGGGAUGUGUCGUUGCCAUACGUUGUCUGGAUAGUAAUAAUAAUUGGCGUCUCUUUGGCCGUCUCUGCCGUCGUUUUAAUUCUUGGAAUAACGUUCUUACGAAGGCAAAAUAGAAGGCCCGGAGAAAGUUACAACCACCAACGGUUCUCAACCGACUAUGUACUUCAAGACAAGGAGGAGGAGUAUGGUGAAGCCCACAGAGAGAGGGAAAUCGAGAGACCUUUAACAGUUGAGAUAAAACCAGCUGAUUCAAACAAGUAUGUAUCACAAGUUGGUAAAUCUAGCCCCGAUCAGCUUAGUUACUCUAGGCUCAAUAGUGCGGCUGCUUCUUACUGUGCAUGCUCGGCCGUUGUUCCUCAUUCGACUGGUGAUGGAUCCGAUUACUUUUCGGACAUUACUGGAGCUUCUUUUGGCAGUUUUUCUCCAGAAAAGUCAGUCAAUGUACAAACUUUAUCCUCCUGUCACUGCGCUUCGAAAAAAUUACCCGCUCCUCUUCCGCCUACCAGAACCGCUUUUAGUCGUUAG